AUGAAGGAAAUAAAAGAAAUGAGUGGACUGAGCUUGAGUAUUUUUGAAAAAUCUCAUGAAUUACAGAAAGGAAUUAUGGCUGAGCAAAAUGCCAAGAUGGAUAUGUUGAUUAAUAGAUUGGACAGGCAGGAAUGGUUCAUGAAGAAGAUGGUUCAAAUGCUGUUUGUUGAAUCUUUUGGGAAGUUUAGAGAUUUUGGAAGCUACCCACAUGGUACUGCUAGUCUUAGCAAUGUAAAGGCUGCUGGACCAAGUGGAGUAAAAAUUUCUGAAGUGGAAGAAGAAGAAGAAGAUGAACAUGUAGAAACUACUGAAAAGGAAAAAGAAGAAAGUAAGCUAGUUGAGAUUGAAGAAGUAGAGAAUAAUGAUGAGAAGGAAGAAACUAUAAAAGAGAAAUCAGAAGCAGAACAAGAACCUAACAAGGAUAAAUCAAGAGAAUCCUCCCCAUCUCAUGCUAAAAGCAAUAGCAGUAGUGAGAAUGGAAAAAGUGAAGAUAGAAAUGGUUCAAGACAAGAAGAGGAGAAGGAAGAUGCUGACAACAAGAAAGAAAAGCAAUCACAAGACCCAUCCUUUGAUCAACCAAACCCUGCUCCUACUACCCCUCAACCAGUAACUGAAUUAUCCAUCUCUUUACCAAUGCAAUAUGGCCCUAGAAGAAUCAAAGCACAAGCCAGAAAAUCAGUUCUACCCAUUCCUCCAAAAAUCCAAGUAACCAUACCUGAAAAAAGAACCCCCAAAGAAGAAGAAACAAGCCCAAAUUGUUGA